AUGGAGAAGAUCGGCAACACCUGGGACACCACGGCGACGGCAACAUCAGGCCCACUCCCAGGGCCACGGCAAUCCAACAACAGGGCGAAGAUCACAGCCUUCCUGGAUUGCUUGCAGACGACGGAGGGCAACCUGAUGUUCUACACGGACUCCGAGAUUCUCUGCGAAGGUGAAGCAGAAAUGCGAGUACGUCACAUCGAGAGCCACAUGACCAAAGAGCAGGCGACGGAGAGAGGAGUGCGGAUCGAAGCCUGGAAGGGCAACGAGAAGGCGGACGAGCUUGCAGGAGAAGCGGCAGCCAGCCACGAGAUUUCAGAGGCGCAGAUGGGAUGCUACAGAUGGGUGCUAACGACGUCACACCUCGUAAGAACGCGAAUAGGACGAGCGUCAAGAUACGCGUUGGAGGCACUGCGGAAGAAGAAGGACUGGUCCGUGGGAGCUGGCACGAGGUGGAACAAGUCGUCUAAGGCCAAGUUCGCGAGAAUGGAGUGCAGCGCCCUGGACCACGCCUCGAGUCAGAACGUUUCGAGGUCGGAGGCUAGCGGGCUGUUAGCCCAUAGGGGCCUUCCCAAGUGGCCAGGGGGACCCUCCGCCCCGCUGCUGGGUGUCGGUGCCGAGCCGCCAGGUCCCGCGAGCGUGUUUGACCGCUCUGACGGACUUGGCGGUGCGGCAUGUAGCCCAGCGGCUAAUUUGGAGGGUUUCGUCGCCAGUUUUGCGGUCCAGGGUGCAAAUGAAACCGAGGGCGACGAUAGCCAGGUGAAGUAUACGGAAACUCACGUCGUAGAGCACAAGGAGAGCACUGAAGAUAGCCAGGUGAAGUUUACGGAAGUCCACGUCGUGAAGCACCAGAGGAGCAAAGACGAUAGCCAGGUGACGUUCACGGAUACCCACGUCGUAGAGCACCAGGGGAGCGAGACGAUAGCCAGGGGGGACUGCGUGGAGGUCAGCCGCGAGAUCCCCGAGGUGCUCUACGGAUGCGGCAUGCAGGGAAUGAAGUCCGUGGUUUUUGCCUGCACCCUCGCCGUCGUCGGCGCCUCUGCCGUGACGCCUGUGCAGGAG